CAAACUCGUAUCAAUAACCUGAAACAACUCGCGAAACACUUGAAAACGUUAAUAGACACCCGAAGCAAACGAGAUUUACUUAACAUCAUAGGUUCCGUAUCGAAAAGUCUAUUCGGAACUCUCGACGAGGACAAUCUUACACUCAUAAACGAAAACAUGGACAAACUAUUCGAUGACAACAAUAAAAUCAAGACUGUAAUAGCUAAUCAGACAGCACUUAUUAGGAAAAUUGUAAACUCGGAAAACCUAAACCACCUAGAGAAAUCAUAUAACGAUGUAUUAAAACAACAGCAGGCAAAUAUCGAUAGAUUUAUGCUUAAAAUCAUUAUGAAACUCGACACUGCGGUACAAACUUUACACUUUCAGUUAGACGAGAUACUUAACGUCAUAAUAUUAGGCAAACAGGCAAUAAUUAGCCCACAAAUACUCGAUCCCGAUGAAUUUAUAGAAAACUACGCCAAAACGAUAGGCAGCCAGACGUACAACACCGCGAUCUCUGCCAAAACCGAACAUCUUCAGUUUAUACUCGACAUCAGUGAUCUUAAAAUCUUCACAAUAGGUGGCAAAAUAUUCUUUAAAAUCAUAGUACGUUUAGUCUCUAACACGGAAUGGAAUAUAUUACAGGACUUUCAUUUAUGAACACUGAUAUCCAAUAUCUCGACAAACUUUGUAAAG